GAAGAGCUUGGCGCUUGGCGCGGCCGAGCGCUAAGAUGGCGGCGGCGUGAGUUGCAUGUUGUGUGAGGAUCCCGGGGCCGCCUCGUUGCUCGGGCCCCGUCAUGGCCGUCACCAUCACGCUCAAAACACUGCAGCAGCAGACCUUCAAGAUCCGCAUGGAGCCUGAUGAGACGGUAAAGGUCCUGAAGGAGAAGAUAGAGGCUGAGAAGGGCCGUGAUGCUUUCCCAGUGGCUGGACAGAAGCUCAUCUAUGCCGGCAAGAUCCUGAGCGACGAUGUUCCCAUUAGGGACUACAGAAUCGAUGAGAAGAACUUUGUGGUCGUCAUGGUGACCAAGGCCAAAGCUGGCCAGGGUACCUCAGCACCCCCAGAGGUCUCACCCACUGCCGCCCUUCCGGAGUCCUCCACACCCUUCCCGACGGUCCCUGCCUCAGGCAUGUCCCAACCCCCACCCACCAGCAGAGAGGAGCAGAGCCCGUCGGAGGAGUCGGCCACCACGACAUCGCCAGAGUCUCUGUCAGGCUCUGUUCCCUCUUCAGGUAGCAGCGGGCGAGAGGAAGACGCGGCGUCCACGCUAGUGACGGGCUCUGAGUAUGAGGCGAUGCUGGCGGAGAUCGUGGCCAUGGGCUACGAGCGUGAGCGGGUGGUGGCCGCCCUGAGAGCCAGCUACAACAACCCGCACCGGGCUGUGGAGUAUCUGCUCACGGGAAUUCCGGGGAGCCCCGAGCCUGAACAUAGUGCGGUCCAGGAGAGCCAGGUGCCCGAGCCAUCAGCCACAGAAGCAGCUGGGGAGAACCCCCUGGAGUUCCUGCGGGACCAGCCCCAGUUCCAGAACAUGCGGCAGGUGAUCCAGCAGGACCCAGCGCUGCUGCCCGCCCUGCUCCAGCAGCUGGGCCAGGACAACCCUCAGCUGCUGCAGCAAAUCAGCCGGCACCAGGAGCAGUUCAUCCAGAUGUUGAACGAACCCCCUGGGGAGCUGGCGGACAUCUCAGACGUGGAGGGGGAGGUGGGCGCCAUUGGGGAGGAGGCCCCCCAGAUGAACUACAUCCAGGUGACACCCCAGGAAAAGGAAGCUAUCGAGAGGUUGAAGGCCCUGGGCUUCCCAGAGAGCCUUGUGAUCCAGGCCUACUUCGCAUGUGAGAAAAACGAGAACCUGGCUGCCAACUUCCUCCUGAGUCAGAACUUUGAUGACGAGUGACGCUGGGAGGCCAGGCCGCCCCCCCCCCCCCCCCCCCCCCGCGCCACAGAAAGUUUUAUAAAAGAAAAGAAUAUAUCUAUA